CACAAUUCUUGUGAGCUUUUUUUCCCCAAAUAUUGAAAAAAAUUUCACGUUAAUUCCCAGUUCUAAAUCUCUCCUCACCCCCCAAAAAAAACAAAAACAAAAAACUUGAAGAAAAAUGGCUGAAGUGCAAUUCAAGAGAAUUUCCUCUUCAAAGAGCUUCACAAGAAAGUGUGCUUCUUUAGUGAAGAAACAAAGAGCAAGAAUUUACAUUCUCCGCCGCUGCGCCACCAUGCUUCUAUGUUGGUACAUUCAAGGCGAUGAAUAACCAAAUAAAUAAACAAACAAAAACCCUCUUUUCUUUCUCUCUCUAUAUAUCUAUCUAUCUCUCCAAAAUAUGAUCAAAUCCUACCUAUAUUGUGUCACUUCUUCAAAUCCCAACAAAAUAGCUUAUUAGCAAGACUAGAAGAAGCCCAAAUUGUUUCACCAUCAUCUUCUUCUUAUUCUUCUUUUUUGUUUUAUUUUGCAAAUUUACUCUCCUUAGGAAAAUCCCAUAAUUUUUUUUACCUAAAUGGGGGAAUCCCAUUUGAGGUUUUUUUGGGAAAAAUGGAGAGGAAAUUAGCAAGUUUUUACAGCAAUUUGGGCUUCUUGGAGAACUAAUGAUGCAGAAAUUGAAGGGGAAUGGAUGAUUUGGCAUGCAAAAUGGAGUGCUGAUAUUGUAUGAGAUCAUAUAUAUGUAUGAAAUAAAGUGGAAGGUGUAGCUAGUUAUGUAACAUAUUUAUGUUUGACACAUGUUUUGAGUUUUAUUAAUAAGAAUAAAAAAGAAACUGUAUUUUAAAAGAGAAA